AUGGUGUGCCCAUCAGGGUCCCGUUGCGGAUGGUGGCGUUGGGUCGUCACAUUCGCGACUUUCGGUCAGUUUUUCUUAACUCUCGGACCCCUGUUCAACUUCAGCAUUCUGUUUGUGAGCCUGCAGGAGGAUUUCCAUUCCAGCUCGGCGUUGACAGGUUGGCUAGGGUCUUUGUCACUUGCACUGGCUUGCAUUGCUAGUCCUUUAUGCUCUCUCCUUACACACAAGCUGAGCAGUCGAACCGUCGCCAUCUUGGGGGUGAUUGCCUUCUGCGCAGGACUGUUGACGACGUCAUUCGUUCCCGUGCCAUCGCUGGGAUAUGCGUUCUUCACGUUUUCGAUCUUGACGGGCGUGGGCGCCAACCUGGCCACGACUGCCUCCUUGGCCCUCCUGCUUGACUGGUUUGCCAAGGCGAACUUCUCGCGGGCAAGCGCCCUCGCUCAAAUGGGAUCCACAUUCGGUAUGCUUGCCUUUAGCCCUUUGUUGACAGCCUUCAUAACUCACUACGGAUGGCGUAAUGCGCUGAGAAUUCUCAGCGGUGGAAUACUCGUGAUCGGGAUAGUUGACGGUCUGCUGCUGGCUGACCCACCAUCAACCGAGGACUACGCUAGGGCGCCCGAUGAGUCUCCUGGUGAUGAGAAACAUGAAUUGGAGAGCAUGGUCCCGGGGAAGCAGGUUCAUGAUGACGGCUGCAUUGAAGGGACUGACGAUGAUGCACGAGACACUGACGACAAAACCACCGACAACGAGGAAGCAAACAUUUCAAAUCAAGGAUCUCUCAAAGUUGGAGAUGAGAGGCAUUUUCGUGGAAGGCUAAUUAGUGCUUUAACGAACCCUGAGGCUUGGGCAUGGCACUUUGCUGCGGUUUUCUCAUUUUUGGGCUGGACUUUCUUCAAUACUAAUUACGCUAAUUAUCUGGACGGACUUGAUCUUGACAGCAACCGCAUUGCCUCCGUCAUCGUGUACUUUGCUUUGGCGGAACUUGGCGGGAAGUUCCUCAUAGCCGUGAUUGGAGAUCGUCUGCCUUUCUUGUAUCUUUAUCUGUUGAUGGCCUCCUGUCUCCUGGGAACCGUCGUUCUGGGGUUUCUGACCAUUGCCAAGACGUUUGGUGUAAUGGUACUUCUUGCAGUGGUUUCUGGGGUUCUACGGUCAGGCGUCUAUGCAGCACAAUUUACAGCCGCAGCUGAACUUUUCCACGGGCAGUAUGGCACUAACGGUGUUAUGGUUAUAACGUUAGUUCCCUCCGGAAUCGGAGUUCUGAUCAGUGCACCGUUAGCGGGUGCAAUCUAUGACGUCACAGGUGACUACGUUCUUAGUCUUCUUGUCAUUGCCGCCCUCUUCGUUUGCGCUUCAGCGGCCUAUAUAUUUAUUCCAGUAAGAAGGAGAAUUAAUCAGGCCGUGCAUGUUGUGUAAACACGCCCGCCCUCUAUACGAAUUUGGAGAUUGUGUCCCGAAUUUCGUUUCAAAAAUAAUGACGAACCCUGGCACGUGAUCACUGUACACUCCCGAGGCCCCCUUCAAUGGAGAAACCAUUGUGCACCCUAAUGUACAAAGCAACUUCCCCGUGACGGAUUAUCAGAACGAUAGCUAGCUCAAUGCUUUUGCCAUCACUGGGGUUCCCACGGUGAAAAAAAGGAUAGCAUAAUAAUGGUUUACGAUAAUAUGAAUAGAACAUCGGCGUGACACUGAAAUAAGUUGUUUGAAUCCGUCAUUUUUAAGCGAACAUGCCAUGCGUCCCAUCAAAGUGCCCGAUAUUUUAAACACAAACGGCCCAUGCAUCAACAUUAUACCGCUGCUUUUCUCAAUGUGCAAUUUAUCGAAAUUACAAUUCAUUCUUCAGACGCUAUAACUGAGCAGUGAAAUUCACGAACCCCCCAAAACAUGGCAUUUUGAACGUUGUGUUUCUCAGAAAAAUAUGCU